ACUGGAGCAACAUCAAGCAAGCCCCAUCUCGAUCCAGCACGGCCGACGAUGGAAGAGGUCCUGCGGAAGGACGAGAACAUGUCCGAGUUCUUCAUGCUCGGCACCAGGGAUAGUGACAUAGAUGGCGACUACGCAGCUGGAGCAGCCCUUCUCGACGAAAGAAAGUCCAUUGCCAAUGCGCUCUUGACGAACCCGUUUGACUCCGGCCUGUGGAAGCGCCUCCUUGGCAAUUGCAAGCGGCUCUUUGGUCGGUAUCCUCAUCAGGUCGAACGGAUCUUCCGUCGCGCGCUGUCGUGUCUGAAGCAACCGGGUUUGAACGGCAAUCAACGAGCCGAUCAAAUCGACAUCAUCCUCGACUACGGCGACCUGCUAAAGGACCCAAAACGCAAGCGGGGCAUGCUGCGACAAGCUCUCAUGGAAGGAAUUCCACACAACCAAACCAAGUUCUUCGAGUACUACGCCAAGUUUGAAAAGUCUCAACACGAGCAUGAAAGGGCUCACGACAUGUUGAAUCUGGCGGUGGCAAAGAAUCUGCUGAGCAGCACCGAUCGCGACCGGAUUUGGAAAGAGCUCAAUGGCACGCCCCAUCUUCCUGCACUGAGUUCACCCAUCGUGCUACACAGUGCUCACAAGUUGCGGCGAGAACUGUCUGGAGGCACCCAAACCCCUCUUCAGAAGCUUGAAAGCCUGGCCCCGCGGUCGGUCUCCAAGGUUAGCCGAGGGACCGAAGGAUUGAAGACGCCGCUGGCGCAGCAGUCGUCUCGGUUGGUGCCCUCGACGCGGUCCACGCAAAAGCUCCCCCGUUUUACGCUAGACAACGUGAAUCUCGGACUUCCGCAACGAGUGCUCAAAUCGGACUACAUGUCCCAAGACUCGGACAAAGAAAACGACGAGCCGGAGAGCGUCAACAACUCCAAGACUCCAACGCCAGAGUCGGCGGCGAAGACGGACCGUUCGUCUAGUGUGAAGCUGUGGCAGUCGUCCAGAAUCCCACCUCCCCCGUCCGUGGUCGACAUCAAGCUCGAACCAGGUCAGGUGUUUCGGACAGCGAAACCCACCAUGUCUGCCAGUGACGUUGACAUUGAAACUGCGCGAAUUGGUGAUUCAGAGCCACAGCCCAGACAAUACGGAGCGAUUUCGUCGACGUUUGGGCGGUCGCGAUCGACCGACAUCCCGACGCCAUCGCUGGGGACCACGUUGUUGAUCACGCCAAUGUCUGCCAAGACUGGAGGUCCCAAAACGCCGCUUUCCGCCAAGAGGCCGCGAACUCCGCCGAGGGCGUCGUCCAGCUCAGCCCAGGAAGUGGCCGCCUUGUUUGAUUCCCCGACCAAGAGCGACAUGGAGAUUACUCUGGUGGGAGAUGACGACACAAUCAGCAAGCGCCCCCGACAUCACCAAGCAAGCAGUCCCACGACGAGCAAGACAAACACGCCAUCGCCGCCAUCCCACAUCUUUUCCGCCAGUCCCAGCGACCCAGACCGACGCCCCCCCCCGACAGUCAUCGAUCGCUUGGUCGACUCGAAGAACCACUUUACGGUGAACGGAAUCACAUUUUUCAGUCUGAAACAAAUCGGGUCGGGCGGAACGAGCAAGGUAUUUCGUGUCCUUGGACCAGACAUGCAAACGUACGCUCUCAAACGCAUCAAACUCAAAAAGAUGGACGCGGCCAGCAUGACGAGUUAUCAGAACGAGAUCAGCCUGCUCAAGAGUCUGCAAGGGAGUCCGUACAUCAUCAAGUUGUUGGCAAACGAGAUGGAUUACAACCAAAAAGUCCUCUAUGUGGUGAUGGAGAUUGGCGAGAUCGACCUCAUGAACAAACUGAAAGAGCUCAAGGAAAACAAAAUCGUCGUCGAAGAAAACUUUCUCCGCAUUGUGUGGCACCAGAUGCUCCAGGCCGUCAACUACAUCCACAAUAAGCGCAUCAUCCACGGGGACUUGAAGCCGGCCAACUUUCUGUUUGUGAACGGCGCGAUCAAGCUCAUUGACUUUGGGAUUGCCAAGGCCAUCUCGAACGACACGACCAACGUCAUCUUGGAACAAGUCGAAGGAACAGCGAAUUACAUGCCCCCCGAGGUUGCCGCGAGUUCGCUGGGCCGGAGCGAAACCCCCCAAAAGGUCGGGCGCGCCGGUGACAUUUGGUCUCUUGGGUGCAUUUUGUACCAAAUUGUGUACGGAGACACUCCGUUUGGCAUGGUGACGCACAUGAUUCAAAAGUUCAUCAUGAUCGCGGACCCCAAUCACUCGAUCAGUUUUCCCCCGCUCAAGAACAAGCAGCUCGCGGACGUGGUGCAGUCAUGUCUGCGGUGGGACCCAAAGCUGCGACCGACGAUCGAAGGACCGAACGGACUGCUGGAACAUCCAUUCCUAUAUCCGGACCGCGUCGUCUCAAGGCCCGAGACGGACGAGUCUGUGUGUGAGUCGCUCCGAAAGGCCAAAGCGUUUGUCGACGCCAACGGAUUCAGUCGGACGAUUGAGAACGACACAGCGAUGCUCGUAGCAGCAAUCAAGGCCGCCAAGAGGGCACGGCUAGCAGAAUAGCAACUAACUUAAGUGGCGUAAUGUCGUUGUCGUGUAUGUGA